GUAGGGACAAGCAACCAGGUGUAGACACUGUAAAAGUAGGACGAGUGAGCAGAAAGUGGUGACAAAGCUGCAAAACUGGGAGGUGAGCAGGAGGUGUAGGCACAACUGCAGAAAUAAGAUGAGUGAGCAAGAGGUGCAGACAGAGGUGCCCGGGGCCCUCAAGAGACUGGCUCGUUAUAUCGUCAGGGGCUUCUAUGGCCCCGAACAUGCGGUUAUUAUAGACAUGCUGGUGAGAAAUCCAUGCGUGAAGGAAGAUGACCUGAUGGAGCUUCUGAAACUAGAACGUAAACAGUUACGUGCUUCCUUGAACACGCUGAAAAUGGACCGCUUUAUCAAGUCACGCAUGAAGAUAGAGACGGCAGAAGAUGGGAAAAACUCCAAACACAACUAUUACUUCAUAAACUAUAAGAUAUUUGUGAAUGUGGUCAAGUAUAAACUGGAUCAUAUGCGGCGGAAGAUUGAGCUUGAGGAAAGAGACAACACAAGCCGAGCAUCGUUUAAAUGUCCAUCAUGUGAAAAGACAUUUACAGAUUUGGAGGCAGAUCAGCUGUAUGAUCCGAUGACAGGUUCAUUUUGCUGUACAUUCUGUAGAACAGAGGUAGAAGAGGAUGAAAGCGCCAUGCCUAAAAGAGAUGCACGUAUGAUGCUGGCAAAAUUUAAUGAACAGAUUCAGCCAUUGUGCGACCUGUUGAUAGAGUGUGAGGGAGUAACACUGGCACCCUGGAUAUUAGAACCUGAACCAACAGACAUGCGACCAUUGUUACACCGAUCUAAGGGUGGAGGCUCUAAACCACCAGACGGAUCAACAUGGAGUGGAGAUUCUUCACGUAACAGAGGCUUUGGUACGACAGAAAACACUGUCACUGUGACAGUCAAGGCAGACGGGAACUUGUCUCCUAGUAAAGACGUCAAUGCUCCCAAAGCUGUGCCCGACUGGAUUAAGAAAAGUACAGUAUCGGGGGUGCCCAUGGAGCAGGAGAAAGCGGUUGAGAGUACCCUCGAGCCGAGUACUAGCUCCUCCUGGGGAGAUACUGGUAAACAGGAGACCAGAGAUGACAUCAUGAGAACCUUGCUGGUACAUGAACGGAAGGCCGCAGCUGUGAAGAUCCCAGGAGCUGGAGGAAGCGAUGAUGAGAGCUCCACCAGCGAGUCUGACCAGGAAAGGCCUCUGUCCAUGCCCACUCUGUCAACCUCAGCUACAGUGGCAGAGAUGGAAUCUGAGGAUGAUGAUGACAGCACACCCAUGAUCUCUGUUGGCGGGGUCAAAAUCGCCCUGGGAGAGGUCACAGAUGAGAUCACUGCCAAAAUGACCCCUGCAGAGAAGGAGGAAUAUAUUCGCCUAUCCAAGGAGAUGUACGAGGACAUGUAUUUGUGAUUUCUGCUGGCAUGGCAGAAAUUUUUUCUACAAGAAGAUUGUUUUGCGAAAUUCCAGAUUAAGCAGGAUUUUGUGCGAUAUGCAUCUAGGAUUUUUGGUAGAAAUGUAUUGUGGCAGAGUUUUCUGGUGAAUAAGCAAGUAUUUGUUCAAGAUUAUAUGGUGCUUUGAAAGAUGAUGAUGUGUUUGUGAAAAACUGUUAUGUUCUUUAUAGCAACAAAGUAAUUAGGAGCAAAGAAGUGUGAGCUGGUACAAAUUGUAAGUGUAGAAAAACCAGAAGCAUUCAAAGAACAUGUUCAUUUUGUAUAUAAAUAUACAACUUUUAUUUUUGGUUCAAAACAGAAGGCAUGUUUCAAACAUUGAUAAACAGCAGAAUGUAACAACAAAAUCAGGCUUCAUACUCUGUAAAGAGCCAAAGGGAAGAAAAUACACAUAGGCACACUUAUUGUGAAUGCCCUUGAAACAUAAUGAAAACUGAGACAAAUCAAGCUUCAUGAAUUCUUUAAUAGCCUGGUUGCAUGAAAUGAUGGGUAUAGAAUUCUGAGACAGAAGAUAUUACCAUUAUACAGUUACCAUUGUAAAGUUAGGGUGUGUUUUACGUUUCGUCAGAAGACACUUGCCUGUCUUUUCGACUUCCUUGUCAUGGAAUUGUGAAAGCUUUACUUUAAAAAGGGUGCUUUUAUACAAGUUUUGUGGACAAACAAGCUGUAGUACCCAUGAGUUGUCUCCCAUAUAUCAUCCUUCACAGACCACUUCACCAGCAUUCCGCGUCGUCUCGUCAUAACGGAGGUAAUAUGUACAAUGAAUUAUAAUGAGCAUAGAUGUCUUGGGUUGUUUUCUUGAAGUAAGUUAUGACUUGCCAUUGCCUUGUGUUGAUGUGUAGAACCAGAAGUACCUUAGUAGAUAGAAGUAUACUGUAUGUCAAGCUGUCAUAGUACAUGUAGUCUUUAUCCACGUACUCCAAUACACAUCGAUUGGUCCUUUCCAUCACGAAAGCAACAGAUUUUACGUUUCCCGCUCACAAAAUCAUGUAGCUUUGUUUCAUUGGUGUUACUUCCAGAAAGAGUAAGCACUUCUCACGUACCACAGCUCAUGUCGGCUCAAAUUUCCGUCUUGGAGGCUUGCCAAAUAUCUGGUUUCGCCAUGGUUUCCUGUUUCCCUCACCCACAUGAACACUCGGGCAUAUGUUGUGUUGUUUCACACCCAACCUUGUAUGUCAUUUUGGUCUUGGUGACAGUAAAAAGUAGGGCUGUUCAUGUCGUCUUACAUAAAGGUUGCUAGAGAUGAAUUUCACAUGAAUAUCAUCGACUUUGUCAUACAAAUUGACCUCAUUGUGAUUUGAAAUGAGUGUUAAUAUUCUUCAGUAUUCUCCAUAGGUCAAUCUAGAUACUCUGAUGUACUCUACCAGUGAGAUUAGUUUCGUAAAAGUGAAUUAUUAUUGAAUAUGUAUGAAUAUGCAUCAAACACCAAUCUCUCAUAUCCCAUAUGUACUCGGGUCAUGCAUAGUGAGGCACAACAUACAGUAAGAUAUAUUUAUAUAGAUGAAAUUAUCUGAAGUAUCGGCAGUCCGUCUGAAGUAACAAAACACUAACCCAAUUCAACGGUGUAUAUAAGAGUGCGUGUUGAGAUUGUCGCAACCAAUUAUCAGACGUGACAAGACCGUCACAAUUCAGUGGCAAGAAGACACCAUUAUUGUGUUCGGCAUAAUUAUUCAAACGCUGUUUCAUCGUCUUUGGUGAUCUAUGUAGUGAACUGGCUUAGUGACACCGAAUCUACGCAGUUUACAAAAGCACAUCACUUACAUGUAUUUUCUAGAACGACUGGUGAGAAAGGGUCCAUACUUCUUCAAUUGAAAGCCAUGGACCGGAUACUUUCAUUGAGCACAAUUUACAUAUAUAUUUGACUCUCGUCUGACCGUCCUAUCUCCUGAACCUGAAGCCACACGAACAGCUUAUUGGAAACUAAAUGGAGGGAGGCAUGGAAACCUGAAGACAAUAUACAGCCCUGUGACCACCAAAAGCAUGUUCUCGGUAAAACAGAGAGAGACAGUGGACAAAUUC